CUACGUGCAGUUCUUCCCCUGCUCUGUGGCGGUGGUACUCGAGCGCGUGGGCAUCACUGAAGCCCUUCAUAUUCGCCGUCAAAAGUUUUUGACAGCUUAACACAGACACUAGAGCUAACAACCACUCAAAGGAGCAGUUAUCUUAAUUGAAAAUCCCAUGGCAGGAACAAUUGGUCAAGCCAAAAUGAAGUUUUCCAGAAUGGUAAACAGCCGCUCAUACUCGCGGUUUAACCAGUCUCAGAACCCUGAUGGAGAUGGCAGCCGUGUGGAGGUGAAGCUGGCUGUUGAUGGGGAGGAGGAGGAAAUGGAUGGAACAGAACUUGGAAAUAUGCAACAAGAGACAUACACAAGAUCCACAGGUCGUGCUGAACCAUUAAACAAGUACAGGAUUCUGGUUUGUGUGGGUGCAGCACUGCUCGUCUUUUUAGUUGGUCUCCUCAUUGGAUACUCUGUCCACCGUAAGUCUGACAAUAAGUCUGAGCCUUUGGAGACUCCCUGCAGUAAAGAAAUUCAAGCUGAAGAACCAGAUCCUCCACAAUAUGAACCCAUUGUACCUUCUAUUGAUUGGAGCGACAUUGUUAAGCUUCUGAAUGAUAAACUGUCAUCUAAAUCCAUUGAAGAACAAUUGAGUGUGUAUUCCCAGAUUGGCCGUUCAGCAGGAUCAUCUGUAGAUAACAAGUUAGGUGACACAAUCCAUGAUGCUUUCACCAAACUGAACAUGGAACCCUGGGUUGAUGAGCACUAUGUGAAGCUGCAGAAUCCAGACAGCUCCAAUCCAAACAAAGUGUGGUUUGGGAACGAGGAGAUUGGAAGUCCGAAGGGUUUUCUGGCUUACAGUGAAACAGGACGAAGAGAGGGCAGAGUGGUAUACGCCAAUUAUGGUGAGCCUGCUGACCUGCAAGCCGUCCAGGCCAAUGAAGUGAGUCUAAAUGGGACUGUGGUACUGAUGAGAGCUGGAAGAAUCAGCAUGGCACAAAAGGUUAUGAAUGUAGCUAAGUUGGGUGCUGUAGCAGCUCUUAUCUACCCAGACCCAGCUGACUAUGAUGGAAUGGAUACUGAGCUCUAUGGUCAUGUCCACUUGGGAUCAGGUGAUCCUUACACCCCAGGAUUCCCAUCGUUUAAUCACACACAGUUUGCUCCUGCCAAGUCCUCCGGUCUUCCAGAAAUACUUGCUCAGACAAUCCCUGCUAGCAUGGCACGCAAGAUAUUAAGCAAAAUGGGAGGAAGCGAAGUUCCAAGUAAAUUUAAGGGUGGCUUCACAAGUUACAAGUUUGGAGAUGAGAGUAACAAAGUCGCUUUAAGCAUCAAUAACAAGCUUGUCGACACCAAGAUUCAUAAUGUGUUUGGAGUCAUCAAAGGAUACGUUGAUCCUGAUCGUUAUGUUGUUAUUGGAGCACAGCGGGACUCUAUGACCUCAGGAUAUGCCAAGUCUGCAGUUGGCACUACUCUUCUAAUGGAGCUUGCGAGGGUUUUCAACGAGCUGAAGAAAGAGGGUUUCAAACCCAAGAGAAGCAUUGUGUUCGCCAGUUGGACUGCUGGGGAUUUUGGUAAAGUUGGAGCAACUGAAUGGCUUGAGGGAUACUGGGCAUCACUGGACAGAAAAGCCUUUACCUACAUCAGUUUGGAUGGUGUUGUUAGUGGUAAGGAUUCCUUGAGAGCAUCUGCCAGUCCUUUGUUGCACACCCUUUUGCAGAAGACCCUGGAAAAGGUCAAAGCACCCAUGCUAAGUUAUGGCUCAGAUUUUUCAUCCAUUCUGACGAACAUGCAGAUGGAUGAUGGUGCAUAUCCUUUUCUCACCUUCUCUGGAAUCCCAUCAGUGUCUUUCAGUUUCAUUUCUUCUAGGACAACUCCAGACUAUAAAUACUUUGGAACCGAAAUGGAUACUAAAGAGCGACUGGACUCUGUCACUGGUCAGCAAGUGGUUGAGCUGUCUAUGCUUGCCGCUCAGGUUGCUGGUCAGAUGGCCCUCCGUCUCGUUCAUGACCAAAUCCUAAGACUGGACGUUACCAAGUAUGGCGGUGUGAUAGAAAGCCAUGUGAAAAACAUCAUCAAUCAUGUUAAUGUUCUUAAAAGUGAAAAGGUUGAAAAAAUUGAAACUUUGUCAACUGAGUGGCUGAUCGCAGCAAAGAGCUCCUACAGUCGUGCCGCAACCAAACUAAACAAUGACAUCAAGAAUAGUGACCUGGAAGACAUGGAGAUGUGUCGCAUUAUCAAUAACCGUAUUAUGAAGGUGGAGCAUAAUUUCCUCUCUCCUUACGUCUCAAUAAGAGAUUUCCCAUUCCGCCACAUUUUCUUUGGGAAUGGAUGGCAAACCGCCACAGACCUGGAGAAUUACCUACAAGAUGUACGUGACAAAAAGGCAAGCUUCGACAUCGACCAGGUGCUAAACAAAUUCGCUCUGCUCACCUGGAGCAUCCAGGGCUGUGCCAAUGACCUGGCAGGAGACAUCUGGUCCCUGGACAAUGAAAUCUAGAGCCUUUCAGUGCUGCAUCGCCCAACAUCACAAUGCUUUUGUGCACAAACGUAAUCCGGAAGUACAUCCGAUUAAAUUUUUCCAAGUUUUGACCAAGCCUAUAAUCCAAAAAUGACUUUAAUUAAAGUUAUUCAAUCAUAUUAGGGACUAUAAUGGGAUAUUGUAUUACAUAUUAUUAGUAUUAUUACUGGACUACAUUUUACAACAUGCAACCAAAGCACAAAGUCUUCAUCUUUGCUCCCAUUUCAAGGUGCAUUAUUUCAGGUCCAGAAAGAUCUCAAAUGAUGAUUUCAAAAUCAUCCUUGGCUAAUUAUAAAGUUGCACAUAAGUAUAAAGUUUGUCCUCGGCUGAUACUUUGGGAAUUUAGUCCCUUUCGCACUUCAUCUAAACCCCCAAUCUCAGCCUCUGUGACCAACUGGGGGCAUACUCUAUUUAUUUCUUAUUUAUUUAUCAGUGACAGUGUUCACUAUAAAAGUGUCUUCUUUUUUUUAAUUAUCGGAAGCAGUGCCUUCCAUAAUUGUGACGGUUAUACUGUCAGUUCUUAAAAGCAGCAUCUGCUAACAGAAAUACACGUUACCAACAGCUGGCAAAAGAAAUGUCUCUUGUUACAAGUGCUUGAGGGAGUACGCUUAAAAAGCACCUGUUUUAAUACUUCCUCUUUUAUAAAAAAAAAAA